AUGCUUCCCAAAGCUUCCACAGUACUCUUCCUGGCGUUUGCCAAGGCUUCUCUUGUUCUGGGCUGCGUUCCCCGUUCAGAGAGCCCGGAUCUCUUCUUAGGACCCGAUACACCUACCGCCCCCGAGACAGUUGGUCAAUUCAUCAACCACAUGUCACUCAACGUGAACAACCUUACUAGGAGCAUAGAAUUCUAUCGAGACGUCUUUGGCAUGCGACACUUGUUCACAUACAAGUUGACGCCUCACAUCAGCUUCAGCUACAUGAGCCACAGCCAGGGCGGAAGGAACGGCAGCGCAUACCAGACCACCGCCGAAAUGCUACGCUACAAGAACAACAACGCGGGACAUCUCGAGUUCGUCUACCUGAACACCACUGGGAAUGAUAUCCCCGGGCCCCCUAAACAGACAAGCACGUUGAACCACAUCGGCAUCAUUGUUCCUGACCUCGAGGCUGCCCAAGAGCGUAUGGAGGCCUACGGCGUCGAGAUACACAAGAAGAUUGGAGCGCCUAUGCCAACCGAUGGCUACACGGCUAAUAAAAGCUCGAUCGGAGAUGCGUCAAACCUCAGCGAUGAAGAAUGGGCGGCCUUCCAAGCCAAGAUGACAGAGUUCAACAAACUGUGCAUCUUUGCGUCGGAUCCUGAUGGAAAUCUUCUUGAGGUCCUUCCUCUUAAUGAGCCUAAUAUUUUUGCCAAUUAA